AUGUCAUUCGUGAUCAUCGAGGACUUAAAAACUGGACAGGUCACCUGGAAACCCAAUCGUCCCGGAGCGUUUCGAGUCCGCCCCGGCCAAAUCGUCAUGAAGUUCGGGGAGCAGCUGCGCGACAGCGUCAUCCCUGAGUAUCAGUGGAGCUACAUCGACUACGAUGGCUUGAAGCAGCUUCUGAAAAACCCCUCGGGGAGUCUCGCCACCCUUACCGACUCCAAAGGCAAGCAGUACACUGGCCGCCAAUGGGCUGACGAGGAUGAGACCAAGUUUGUCCGCAAGCUCGAUGCCGAGCUCGACAAGGUCUUCACCAAGAAGAAGGUCAAGUCCCUCGAGAUCACGCGCCGCAUCCAGGUCAGCGAGCGUCACGUUCAGGAUGUCGUCGGUCGCCUCAAUGACCGCGGUCCGACUAGCCCCGGCCCCGGCGAAGAGGAAUUCGUCGCCCUUGAGCAGGUCCUCAGCGAUGUGAUUACCGACGUCCACGACCUCGCCAAAUUCGUCCAAGUCAACUAUACUGGCUUCUACAAAAUCAUCAAGAAGCACGAUGUGAGUGAACGCGAAGCCUUUUAUAAAGGCGAUUAUGAUGCCUCCAUUGUCAAGCUCUCCAAGCUGUACGACCUCGUCCGGACCCGUGGAAACCCGGUCAAGGGAGACAGUGCUGCGGGAGGUUCACAGGGCAACUUUGUCCGUAGCACGACAAAGUACUGGGUCCACCCCGACAACGUCAUGGCCGUCAAGCUCAUCAUCCUCAAGCACUUGCCCGUCUUGGUCUUCAACCCCAACAAGGAGUUUGAGGCCAAGGACUCGGCCAUCACCUCCAUCUACUACGACAACCCCGACACGUGGGAUCUCUACGAGGGUCGCCUGAAGAAGACUGAGGGCGCCGAAGCUAUCCGCCUUCGAUGGUAUGGCGGCAUGGACAGCGAUACUAUAUUCGUUGAGCGCAAGACUCACCGAGAAGACUGGACCGGCGAGAAGUCAGUCAAGGCCCGAUUUGCUACUAAGGAGAAGAAUAUCAAUGCCUACAUGCGAGGCGACCUGUUGCCCGUCGCCCUAUUCCAAAAGGCCAGGAAGGAUCGGAAACGUCCCGCCAAAGCCAUCGACGAGGAUGAGGCUCUUGCUAGCGAGGUUCAGUGGUCUGUUCUUAAGCACAAGUAUAGGCCCGUCUGCCGGUCUUUCUAUAACCGUACCGCUUUCCAGCUUCCCGCCGAUGCCCGGGUGCGUAUCUCGCUAGACACCGAACUCACAAUGGUCCGGGAGGACAACCUUGACGGAGUAAAGCGAUCGGGGGAUAACUGGCGGCGCAUGGAUAUCGGCAUCGAUUACCCCUUCUCCCAAUUACCGGCCUCCGACGUUGUCCGAUUCCCUUAUGCGGUUCUCGAAGUCAAGCUGCAGACCCAGCACGGCCAAGAGCCUCCCGCGUGGGUGCGCCAAUUGAUUUCGAGUCACCUCGUCGAAGCCGUGCCAAAGUUUUCCAAGUUCAUUCACGGGUGCGCAUGCCUUUUCCCUGACAGGAUCAAUCUCCUUCCAUACUGGAUGCCCCAGAUGGAUAUCGACAUCCGCAAACCCGAGACGCACGACUUUGGCAUCAGCCGACCUGGUAUGGCGGCCACCACCACGGACGAUGACGACGACGACGACGAUGAUGAUGAUGACGACGAUACUGUAUCAGACUCCGAUGACGAGGAAGACCUCAGGCAACUUGAGCUGCGUCGUCAUGGGGGCACCAACGGCGAGUCGAGUCGCCAAGCAGUAGGAAGGAACUCGAGCCGUCCACUAGCGACUGACUUUGAAGAUCAGACGAGAGAGAAUCCCGACCUUGAUGACGCGUAUCCCAUUUACGAUUCGGACGACGAGUACGAUGGCGACUUCGCUUUGGAAGAGGCUCGGCGCGUAGGAGGCUGGACGUACUACUCGACCCUCAUCUCAACCCAAGCGCACAGAGCCAAGAAUACGGUUUUACGUUCAACGCUUAGGGCCUUGGGAAGUGUGGCGGACGCGCGGACUAGCCGUAUCGAGCGCAGUGAACGCCUGCGUUUGAUGUUCGGAAACGAUGAGAUUGUGACCAAGAAGUUCAAGGCUCCUCCGGGCAAGAAGAUUUACGUCCCGGUCCGCGUGGAACCCAAGGUUUACUUUGCGGCAGAGAGGACUUUCCUUGGCUGGCUCGAGUACUCCAUCUACAUCAGCACGAUUGCGGCCACGCUACUCAACUUUGGAUCCAGAUCCAAACCGCUCACCCUUCUAGUGCCCGCCCUUUACACUCUGGUGGCUGUCAUGUGUCUUCUGUACUCCAUCUUCGUAUACUUGUACAGGAGUAAGGCUAUCCGGGAGCGAAGGGUUGCAAAGUACCACGAUAGAUGGGGCCCUACGGUACUCUGCCUGUCUCUCCUCGGGGCCGUCAUUGUUAAUUUUCCGGAAUCCGAGCCCGGAAGAUGCCUGCCUCCCUUUAGCAAAUACGGCAUCACCAUGUACCUCCCGACGUGGGACAUGAUCUUGCGGCUGCGGGACGGCGAUCCGGCCGUUGCCUCGAAGCUCCAGAAUAUAUACCCGCGGUUUACUCCGUUUGGGGACGUCCGCGCCCUAAUUGACGCCCUCGGCGAGAAGUUCGGCGUGGCCCCCGGUUCCGCAGGCUUCGCCUUCACCGCGCCCCAAAUGCUCUCCAUCGUCCGCGCCUACGGCCUCGCCGAAGCCCGGGGCGAGUUCCGCCUCGCUCCGCAAGACCUCACCUUCAAGUGCGCCGACGUCGGCGGGAGCCGGCUCUACCUAGCGUACUUUCCCCGGGCCAAGACCAAGGGCGUCGCCGCCGCGUGGCAGGAGCCGGGCCUAGGCCUGUCCACGCGUCUGGCCGAGUCCCUCCUCAAGCACGUCGCCUCGGCCGCCGAGGUCGGGUGCGAUUGGGCGAGCCCGCCGCCGCCGGCCUACGUGGCCGAGACGCCGUCGCACGCGCGCCUCAGGGAGAGGCUGUGCGAGUACGUGCACAGGGCCGCCAUCGAGCCGGCCGAGGUUGCGGCCACCCCGGCCGACGUGUUCCUCUACCCGACGGGCAUGGCGGCCAUCUACUACGUCGACAGCCACAUCGCGGCCUACCGCGACGGGACCGUCGUCGCCCUCGGCUCCCUCUUCAACAACACCAUCCAGCUCCUACGGGAGACGCACGGCUCUCGACUUCGACAUUUUCCCCACGUCGACGACGCCGGCCUCUCUGCCUUGGACACCUGGCUCCGCGCCGAAAAGGACGCCGGCCGCGCCGUCCGCUACGCCAUCAUCGAGUUCCCCAGCAAUCCCGUCCUCGUGAGCGCCGACCUCGGACGCGUGCGCGAUCUCGCCCGCGCCCACGACUUCAUCCUCAUCGUAGACGAUACGAUUGCCUCCUUUUCCAACGCCGACCUCUUGCCCGCGUGCGACCUUCUCGUCUCCUCCCUCACCAAGUCCUUUAGCGGAUACGCCAACGUCAUGGGAGGCUCCACCAUCCUGAAUCCCCUCUCCCCGCACUACCCGGCUCUGAGCGCCGCGUACGCCGCCGGUUUCCACAACGAAGUUUUCGGCCCCGACGUCGACGUCCUCCUUUCCAACAGCGAGGACUACCUCGCGCGUUCCGCCAAGCUGGGCGCCAACGCCGCCCUCCUCGCCCGCCACCUGCGCGACGCCGCCGCGCGCCCUCAUCCCCGGUUCUAUCCCGGGCCCCACUUGGGUGCGCACAAGUCGCUUUCCUUGUGCUAUGGUGCCCUUGCUUUCGGCAAGGACGAACAGGAGAAGGCGUUUCAGGCUGAUUUUGGCGUCCUGGAAGAGGCAGUGAGGAUAUCCGUAGGCCUGGAGGAAUGGGAUGAUUUGAGAGACACGGUAGACGUGGCGCUCAAGGCCGCGACCGACGUAGUAAACGGAGCAGGGUCGUAG